AUUCUGUGUUCCCGGUUUAUUGAUCUUCAAAAAUUAAAGUCAAAAUAAUCAUAAAAAUGAUCAUAUUUGAAUAGAAAGGACAUAGCUUAUGAGCAAGUAGUUCCAUAGAUUAGUAAAUAUCAAUCAUGUCGUACCAGGAGCUUGAACAGGACCCAUUCGAUCCAGAUGAAUUUGUUGAAAGGUUAGCAUGGAGAACAACUGGCGGUAUCUCCAAAGCUACGGCUGAUGAUUUUGAUCCAAUGGCGCUCCAUGAAGCUUUUGAAAACAUGAUCAAAGACCUAAAAGAUCUAAGUGUACAAACUCAGGAACGAACCACAAGGUUGGAGGAGCAAUGUAAGAAAGAGGAAGAGGCCCACUGGCAGCGUGUGGGAGCGCUACAGAAAAACAAUCAGCUUGCAUUCCAAAAGUUCCAAGAAUUAGAUGAGCGCAUCAACUAUGUUGCAACCAAAGUCGUCCACCUUGGCGACCAGCUAGAGAAUGUGAACACGCCCCGAGCUAGGGCUGCAGAGGCGCAGAAGUUGAUGCAAUAUUUCUCAGAGUUCCUAAAUAAUGAAGGACCCACAUCAGACCUUUUUUCAGAUCCGUUCAAGCUGUACCAAGCAGCAGAUGUUAUGCAGAAACUACAUCUGAUUGUGCAAGAACUGCCACCUGGUGAAAAGUUUGAAAAAGCGAAACUGAGAAUCGGGCACAAGUAUGACCAGAUAGAACGAGAUUUGAUAGAAGAUUUUGUGAGAUCUCAGCAGAACGGAGACAAGGCAAGAAUGAAAGAAAUCGCUGGAGUACUCGCAAACUUCAAGGGCUACAACCAAUGCAUAGAUGCGUUCAUAGAACAAUGUCAAUACAAUGCAUUCUUAAAGCCUGAUGUUUUCGCUGAUGCAUUCCCAUUGUGCAUGAAAACUAGUGAGCUGAUUAAUGAAUGCUUCACAAACCCUGAACCAGUUAUGGCCAAGUUUGUGCUCAACAUAUAUGAAGGAAAAAUCAAGGAGCAUAUUACAACAAAACUUAUGGAUACUGAAGAUCAGGAAAAAUACUUGAAAAAUGUGUAUGAACUUUACACUAAGACAGUGAAACUAUCAAAUGACCUUUCUGUUUUACGACUCGGGAGUGAUUCAACUUUCCUCACAAAGAUCACCAAAAAUAUUUUCCAUAGAUAUUUGGAGACAUACAUAGGCCUUGAGAUUAAGUUCCUAAGGGACAGGUGCACUGCAGUACUUCAGAGAUAUUACGAAAACAAAGGUCACCAAAAGAAAAACAUCCAGACAGGAGGCCAAGUAAAACCUGGUCAGAGGAUUCACGACUUUCGGAGAGAAUUCCAAGCUGUGAUUGGUCAGAAGGCAAACAUCAACAUUGGGCCAUCUAUUGAGAAUUACGGUGGAGAGACCUUCUUGUCGCAUGAAACUGUCAUCAAUGUUCUUCAGGAGACUAAGUUUGCUUUCAAGAGAUGCCAAGCGUUGUCAUCUCAGAAUAGUUUAGCUGAAAAUGCCGUACAGAUAUUUGAGGUCCUAGUGCAGUAUAUGUGUAUAGAACAUAUAUUAUACGCCAUAGAUAUUGGAUUACAAGCCAUACCCUUACCAGAUGCCAAACAGCAGCCUGAGAUUUAUUUCUUUGACGUGGUUGGCCAAUCCAACACAAUCUUCCACCUCUUUGAGAAACAGUUCAGUGAUAAUCUAGUGCCACUUGUCAGCCUAACUCAAUACCACAGUGAAUGUGCCAAGAAGAAGAAAGACCUGAUGGAACACAUGGAGAACAAGCUUGACAUAGGAUUAGAUAGGACGUUGAAUGCAAUGACAGGUUGGGUGCGACACAUACUUCAAACUGAACAAAAGAAAACAGAUUUCAACCCAGUGUCGGAUGAUGCCCAAAUGAUGAUGUUCUCUCCUGCAUGUGCUAAAGUGGUUAAGUACAUCACUUCCCAACUGAAGAUCGUCAAGGAUGGUUUAGACGGCAAGAACGUGGAGAACGUUUUACGCGAAUGGGGUGUUAGGAUACAUCGGGCCAUCUAUGAGCACAUGCAGCAGUUUCUAUACAACUCCAUGGGAGGAAUGUUGGCGAUCUGUGACGUGAACGAAUACAGGAAAUGUAUGAAAGCGUUCCAGGUGCCAUUGGUCAACCAGCUGUUCGAUACGCUGCACUCGCUAUGUAAUUUACUGGUUGUUGUUCCUGACAAUUUGAAGCAGGUCUGCACUGGGGAGCAUAUGGCGGGGCUUGAUAAAUCUGCGUUACUCUCCUUCGUCCAGUUGCGGGCAGACUAUAAGACGGCAAAGAUUGCAGUGUUGAUGAGGUGAUACUCUCCUCACAGGGUUCAAACUUUGAAAGGAAUAGAAUGAUAGGACCUUCCACCAGGGGUAAAAUUUGAAUUAUGACCUCCUCUAAGAUUUACAUCUUUGAAUCACAUGACCUCCUCACAGGGGUAGAACUUAGAAUCAUAUGACCUCCUCAC